AAUCAUGCAACCCGCUCUUCUUGCUCGCUCUUUCCAACCCUUGUUGAGAUCCACUAAGACUCUGGCUAUGAAGGCUUCGCCUGUUGUGUUCCAGAGACCUCUGUCCUACAUCGAGGAACAGUAUGCUAGAGGAAGAAUGGUGUCUCCUCAUCUCUCCAUUUACAAGGUCCGUUGGGCUACCAUGUCUUCUGGUUGCCACCGUCUGACUGGUUUGGGUCUGUGGAUGGGUUUCACUGCUGCCGGAAUCACUGCCUGUUGUGGAGUGAGCGUUCCCGCUCUGAUUGAGGCUAUCAAGUUCCACCCUCUGGUCCUCUACUCCGGAAAGUUCUUGCUGACCUAUGCUCUCGGUUAUCAUUACGUCUGUGGUCUGCGUCACAUCUUCUACGAGUACUAUCCCGACCGUCUCACCUGGGAUCAUAUUACCAAAUCCUCUCUUGCGAUCAUUUGGGGCAUGUUCGUUGUGUCUCUCCUCUGUACGGUGGCGACGCUCCCUGCUCUGAAGUCGAAGGAAAAGAAGGCUCUGAAGGAAUAAUCAGUGUCUUUUGAUCUAUUUCAUUUAU